AUGGCGCGCAAUUCAGAAAAAGCGCAGUCGAUGCUCUUUCGCUUCCGGGCCGCACAAGCCGCAGAGUCCGGCCUACUACCCAGUUCCUCCCUUCGCCGACCCAAGGCUCCGAGCACAGUCAACACGAUCCCGCUCUGCGAGAAAUGGCGCGGACAGAUCCUUAAGGAGAUUUCACGCAAGGUGACCAAGAUCCAAGAUGAGAGCUUGUCGGACUUCCAAAUCCGCGACCUCAACGACGAAAUCAACAAGUUGAUGAAAGAGAAAUGGGGCUGGGAACGUCGAAUCAGAGAACUGGGCGGGCCAAACUACAUGCGUGGCGGAGGCACAGUGUUCGACGAUCAGGGAAGGGAGAUCCCUGGCGGCGGCAAAGGUUACAGGUACUUUGGCCGGGCCAAGGAGUUGCCUGGAGUCAAGGAGAUGUUUGAGCGUGCGGCAAAGCGGAGAGUGCGCGGAGAUGAGGACGAAGACGACAAGCCCAAACCGGGCCAGGACAUCAACCGCAAGAACCUGGAUGCUAAGUAUUUCGGCUUCGGACCCGACGAGGAGGAUGGCUCGCUCUUGAAAUAUGAGCGGCGGAAGGAGAAGGAAGCCAUUGAGAGGAUUGCCAAAUUGGCCGAAGGUGAAGAGGACGAUCCGGAUUGGGAGCCUCUGCCGGGUGACGCUGGUGAUGGUGUCAGAUGGCGCUUGCCUACUCUACAAGAAGUUCAAGAUGAGCUUGUCGAUCGGCGGCGGAGACAAUUGCUGGAGAGGUUGGUUUAA